UGUUUAGUACGAGCACGCCUUCACCUUCCGGAAUUGCUUCUUGCUGCUACUCUGCUGACCUCACACUCUUUUGCUCCGAAACACACUCACUACUAAUCGUGCGAGUCCUCUACACAUUUCACACACCAUGGACUUCCCCAUAAUACGAAGGAAAACCAGCCCGCCGCUGGACGCAACAGCCUUCAUCAAUGGCUUCCUCGGCGACAGAAGAUCGCACGUGCCUGAGAAGAACUUGCCCGGAGGCGGCAAUUGGGUGGUGCAGAAGUUCGGUGGCACUUCCGUGGGCAAAUUCCCAGUCAAGAUCGCCGAGGAUAUCGUACAGGCAGGACUCGAACCAGGCAGGCGCAUCGCCGUGGUAUGCUCCGCACGAUCCUCUACGACUAAGACCGAGGGCACGACCAACCGUCUUGUCCGCGCCGCCAUCGAUGUGCUUGACCAGAAGUCGGGCAAGUUCCGGGAGAUUAUUAAGACGAUCCAGCUUGAUCACUUGCAAGCUGGAAGAGAUGCCUGCAGUGUAUGGGGAGCGAACAGUCAGAUAUUGGACGAGUAUACUGCUGCGGUCAAUCUGGAGUGCAAGACAUUGCUCAAGAUUCUCGAGAGUGCUCAGUUUCUGAAGGCCGUAACGGACCAGACAGAGGACAUGGUGAUAUCGGCGGGAGAGAAAUUGAGCUGUCUGUACAUGACGGCCAUUCUCCAGAGCAGAGGCGUCAAUGCAGUAUAUGUCGAUCUGAGCGAGGUCAUUCAAUUUGAUGUCAGAAAGAGCCUGGACGAGAAGUUCUACUUGGACUUGGGCAAAGCCAUUGCGAACAAGAUCACUUCGCUGGGGGAUGACGUGGUUCCAGUCAUCACAGGAUACUUUGGUAAUGUGCCAGGUGGUUUGCUGAAAGAAAUCGGCCGUGGCUACACCGAUUUAUGCGCGGCCUUGACAGCUGUCGGACUACAGGCAGAGGAGCUGCAGAUCUGGAAAGAAGUGGACGGCAUCUUCACAGCUGACCCUCGCAAAGUGCCGACUGCUCGCCUUCUGGACAGCGUCACUCCGAGCGAGGCCUCGGAAUUGACCUUCUAUGGCUCCGAGGUCAUCCACCCAUUUACUAUGGACCAGGUCAUCAAAGCCCACAUCCCUAUCCGGAUCAAGAAUGUCAUGAAUCCGCCCAACAAGGGCACAGUGGUCACUCCAGACCGCGAAGACGAGCUUCUCGUCCGCCAGCCAGGACUCUUCCGCGGCCGGAGCAGCUCAAAUCUCUCAGCUCAGAACAGGCCAAAGCGGCCAACAGCCGUCACAACGAAGCGAGGCAUUACAGUGCUUAACGUGCACUCCAAGAAACGCACUCGCUCCCACGGCUUCUUAAUGUCCAUCUUCAAAAUCUUGGACCACCAUCACCUCUCCGUCGACUUGAUCUCAUCCUCCGAAGUGCACGUCUCCAUGGCUUUGCACUCGGAAAUAUCCCUGUUGUAUGUCGACCUCGUACCCGGAAUGGCCAUCAUAUCCCUUGUUGGUCGCCAGCUGCGCAGCAUGGUCGGCAUUUCUGGAAAGUUCUUGGAUGUUUUUUUUUGAGACUUGAAAAGGUAUCAUUUACUAUCUAUAUCAUAUAGCUUUGGCAAGCUAUCUAGCUGAGGCAUCUCCGUCGGAUACAGGAGCCUUUCAGCGGCUCAGAAUAAAUUGAGCAUGUUUCGAGCG